CUCUGAACAAACUCGGAAGCAGUAAAGGUAUAGCACUAUAGAUUGCUCAAUUAGAUUAUAUAUAGAAGUGAUUUUAAGCAAAACUUCAUAACCAGAACCACAGUAGUGAAAAUAUAUUGAACUAUGGCUACCCUUAUUGCUCCCAGUAACCAUUCCCCAGUUGAGGAUGCAGAAGCUAUCCGAAACGCUUUCAAAGGAUGGGGAGCUGAUGACAAGGCCAUAAUAGCAAUACUGGGUCAUAGAAAUGUUUAUCAGAGGCAGGAAAUCAGAAAAGCUUAUGAGGAGCUUUUCCAAGAGGAUCUCAUCAAGCGCCUUGAAUCUGAGAUCUCUGGUGACUUUGAGAGAGCUAUGUUCCGGUGGAUGUUGGAACCUGCAGACCGUGAUGCUGUUUUGGCCAAUGUAGCAAUCAGGAAUGGCAACAAAGACUACCAUGCGGUUGCUGAAAUUGCUUGUGUCCUAUCAGCUGAGGAACUCUUGGCGGUGAGGCGUGCCUAUCACAACCGCUACAAGCGUUCCUUGGAAGAAGAUGUGGCUGCUCAUACCACUGGCCUUCAUCGCCAGCUUUUGGUUGGAUUGGUGACCUCAUUUAGGUAUGAGGGUGAUGAGAUCAAUGCAAAAUUGGCACAAACUGAAGCUAACAUUCUUCAUGAAGCUGUCCAGGAGAAGAAAGGAAUCUAUGAAGAAGUCAUCAGGAUCCUUACCACCAGGAGCAAGACACAACUUGUGGCAACUUUCAACCGCUACAAAGAUGAGCAUGGCAUCUCCAUCAGUAAGAAAUUGUUGGAUGAAACAUCUGAUGACUUCCAGAAGACAAUGCACACAGCUAUUCGUUGCAUCAAUGACCAUAAGAAAUACUAUGAGAAGGUUCUGCGCAAUGCGAUCAAGAAAUUUGGAACUGAUGAGGAUGGACUGAGCCGUGUGAUCGUGACAAGGGCUGAGAAGGAUCUGAGGGAGAUUCAAGAACUCUACUACAAGAGAAACAGUGUUCACCUUGAAGAUGCAAUCUCCAAGGAAAUCUCAGGGGACUACAAGAAGUUCAUCCUCACUGUGUUGGGAAAACAAGACUAAAGUGCUUGCUAUGGGGGCAUAUCUAGUAGUGGGUUUGGGUCAUGUUGGUUUCUGGUAGUGUAAUUUCAUUGGGAUAAUUUUUCAGUGUCUGUUUUAUUGAGUCUUUAUCUCUGUUAUCCUUGUUGCUAGUCACAACUUGAACUUCUAUCUUAUGCUGUUCCAUUUGGGUUAUUUUGGUAUGCUGUUUCAUUUGGGUUCUGUUGGUAUGAUAUCUAAGUUAAGUUUCAUGUGUACUUUUGUGUUCAUGGGUUCUAAAUGUUAUUUUGAGUUUCAUAUAAUAUGAGUUUUUAAUUUGAUAUUCAAA